AUGGCGUCUAACGAGGAAAAACGAGCUAUACCCCUGACGUCAUACGAAACAGCCCUAUGUGUGGUUCCUCCGGCGCAUUUAACCGGAGAUAUUGACCGUCUACGAGCAUUAUAUGACAAAGCACAUGGAAGAUGGCCACCACAUGCCAAUCUGAUUUACCCGUUUGUGCCUUCAGAGGCACUGCCCCAAGCUUCCAAACUGCUACAAUCACUGUUAAGCAAGAGGAAAGAAACUGAUCCUAUCCGUCUACGGUUCGAUAAAGCAGACUUCUUUGCCCACAGGCGCAGUAACACAGUUUAUCUCACGGAUAGUGGAAGCGACGGAUUCAACGCCCUAACACAGCUACAAGGAGAUAUUGUAGAUGCUCUCGGUGGUCAGGCAGGGGCCUCUGGCCAGCUGCAUCUCACGGUGGGUCAGAGCGAGGCAGGUGAUUUGGCGGAGAGACAAUUCUUACUAGAGAAAGUCGGCUUGAUUCCCGCCGUUGAGUGGGAGGUGGAAGAACUAGUAAUUCUCAUCCGUGACCGAUCUCAAGGGUUGGAUACUGCUUCCAGCCCAAUGGUGGUUUGGGGAGCUAUUUCCCUAUCUGGUACAUCGUCACCUAGCCCUCAAGCUCUUGAAUAUUCCUCGCUGUCCUCGUUGCCGGCCCACCCGGAAACUACAUUUCAAUUCUCACUUGGCGAGGAUAAUGGCCAAGAAGGGAAAUGGAACGCUAUCCCAAAGUCAGGCUCACAGCCAACAGCAGGCAGGCAAAUAGAAUCAUCAAUGACUGUUGCCUCAUACAACGUCCUAGUCGAAUCUCCCCAUCCGCCUCCGACGGAGAGGUAUCCCCUACUCCUCCAUAAUCUGCUCUCCGACGCUGCAACUGCAGAUAUUCUCAUCCUACAGGAGGUAAAUGAUGGCUUCUUGUCCUUCCUUCUCCAAGACAAGGAUAUCCGCGUCCGUUACCCCUUCGCAACCCAUGGACCACCCGACCAGGCUGAAAUCGGUCCGCUGAACAGCCUCCGAAACAUCGUCGUGCUCAGCCGUUGGCAGUUCCGGUGGAAAUGGCUACCGUUCGAUAAACGGCAUAAAGGCGCAGUCGUACUUCAGCUAGAGGACUUGGGCACCUUUCACGAUUCUAAAUUCCUCCCUCUCGUUGUGACAGGUUUACACCUGAGCUGUGGUCUCAUUGAUAGUUCUAUCAUGGCGAAACGCUCCCAACUUCAAACGGUACUCAAAUAUCUGUCCGGUAAAUAUCCAAACAACCACUGGGUGGUCGCUGGGGAUUUCAAUAUUGCGACCUCGUCUUACACCAUCGAUACUGCAUUGAAGCGGAAGUCGAUCUCCGCGCAGGGCGCGUCGGUGCUGGCAUCUUUAGACGGUAUGUUAACUGAGGUCGGUCUCUCGGAUUGUUACUACGCUAGUCGUGCUAGUCGUGGAGUCAGUAGUGGCCUAGGACAUCCGCAGAGUGGGUUAGAUCUCGGAACAUUGUAUGAAGGCGAGGAGGGCGCAACAUAUGACCCAACUGAAAACGAACACGCCGCACGGAUCACGGGACAAAGCUUUCACAGUCGGCCUCAACGAUACGAUCGAGUUCUCAUUCGCGGCGAAGAAUUUGAAGUUCUUUCAUAUAACCUAUUCGGAUUCCCCAGUGGGGGAGAACGCCAGCUUGCAAGUGAUCAUUGGGGAGUGAGAACAACACUCAAGUUAGAUGGCGGCCCUCGUUCUGAAAGUCAGGGAAGUGAAAUAGCCUCCAUCACAGUUGAAAAGGCACCGUCGAGUCUUGGCGGCGUCAACGACUUGAAGAACUACCUGAAAGACCAUCAAGCCUUCCCAUCUGAUGCGGACAUUACUCAGCGGAAAGAGGCUUUCGAGCUGAUCAAACAGCUCGUCAGCCAGCGUGGUGCCAAUCUCCCAGCCGAUACCAGGUUAGAUCUGUUAUUUGCAGUUGUACCUGUUGGCUCAUAUGGCUUCGGCGUGUGGAACAGCUCGUCCGAUAUGGAUAUUUUGGUCAUCGGACAAGUCAGCCCCCGGACAUUCUUCGCCCUUAUCAUUGCGAAGCUACGGAGAGCGAUGGACGGUGAAGUUGUGCUUCUCCGCAAGGUGAAGGCAGCAUCCGGAACGAUGUUGGAGUUGGAAGUUCGUGGUGUGCGCGUUGAUCUGCAGUAUUGUGCAGCAACUCGUGUUGCUGAAAGCUGGCCACAUGCCUUAGAGCUCCCUGCAGGUGACUCCACCUUUGACCUCCCUAUGCAAUCGUUGCUCAAGCUCAACUCCCUGCGCGACAUGCACUAUCUGCAACGAACAAUUCCAGACCUAGCGUCCUUUCGUCUAGCCUAUCGGUUUAUUAAAAUAUGGGCCCAGAGGCGCGGGAUCUACUCGUCCAAGCUGGGCUAUCUAGGGGGUAUUCACAUUACCUUGCUCCUGGCGCGUAUUUGUACUCUCUCAUUCCGUCAGGCCGGCACCAUCUCAUCAGCGGACAUCAUCACCACGUUCUUCAAGCACUAUGCAAAGUUCGACUGGGAGAGAAAUGUCGUCUAUGAUCCCAGCUUCUACAAGUCGCCACCGCGAUACUUCCGACCUGAAAGGGAGCCUUUGGUGAUCCUUAGCCAGCACCAACCGAAGGUCAAUGUUGCGCGUGCAGCUUCUAUCCCAUCGACAAGGACACUUGUGCAAGAGUUUCAACGGGCAGAUCACCUCCUGUCAAAACCGGACGUUACCUGGGAGCAGUUGGCUGGGUCUAUUGAAAAUUCCACCGGUGCAGAGGAAUUCCUUACAUCGUAUCGGAGCUAUGCAAAGGUCAACGUCCAAUACUGGGGCGGUGCAGCGACAAAGGGGAGAAUGCUUGUUGGGUGGCUGGAGUGGCGGUGCGUGUCGCUUCUCGUUGAUAUUCAUCGAAGGUUCCCCGAUAUCCACGCCCGGAUCUGGCCGGCUCGGUUUACAGAUAUGGAGGAAGUGGACGAGACCACUAAAGAAUAUCAAGGCUGCUACUUGAUCGGUCUGGCAAGGCAAAAUACGCCUGGGGCGAGCCCAUUAAGCGAUGCCGACCAACAAUCGGCCCAGAUCUCUCUCCUGGCUGUGCUAAAUACCUUUGCGGCGCAAAUCCGUGAAGACGAGAACUACUUUGACGUUUCCUCUAGCUGGGUUGACGUCAGCCUAGUCCAGCCCUCUGCACUCAGCGAUCUUCGGGUCGAUAGUUCCAACUGGGGAAAUGCAGCUUACGAUGAAGCGUCAUUCGAUGACGAUGACGAUGAAAUUGAUCUUGAGGAUGACGAGGAUGAAGACCUGGCGCAACCACGCCAGCGGACAAUGCCGAUCCGUGGGGCGAAGGCCGUUGCGAUGCCCGAAGGGACAAAGCUACGGUCUGCUAGUGAUGUCCUAAACCGACUUCGUUGGGAUGCGGAGUUUGAUAUUGAGGAUUACAUUGUCGGUUAUGAUGAUCGCUUCCUUGGGGAGAGGGAGAUGCCAGUGGGGCAAUGGAAGGCAGAUCUGACGGACGAAGCGUUUAUCCCCAUGCAUCGAAUUCUGUACUUCAAGAGGAAGAGCGAUGGAGUGAAGGUCUGGGAUCGAGAGACGAGGACAGACCUGCUUUUUGGUAGCGGUGUGUCGAGCAAGGUCCAAGGAUGA